AUGUCUUACUACCAGCAGCAGUGCAAGCAGCCCUGCCAGCCACCUCCUGUGUUAUGCCCACCUAAGUGCCCUGAACCAUGUCCACCUCCAAAGUGUCCUGAGCCGUGUCCACCUCCAAAGUGCCCAGAGCCAUGCCUGCCUUGCCCUCCUCAGCCAUGCCAGCAGAAAUACCCUCCUGUGCAUCCACCCCAACCUUGCCAGCAGAAGUGCCCACCCAAGAACAAGUAA